UUACGUCACAUCAUAUAGGAGAUAUAAUUCUACAUUUGAUUUUCAUUUCUUCUUUCCUAAAAACACUUGUUCAUUCUAUCGCGUAAUAUAAAUAUAUUACACAAAAUGAGUGCAUGGAGACAGGUUGGACUUAAUUACAUAAACUACUCCAAUAUUGCUGCAAAGGUUUUGCGUAAAUCAUUAAAACCGCAACUACGAACGGAAGCCUUACGAAGAGAUGAAUCCCACGUCCGUAUAACUCCAUGGGCAAAUGGCAAACCAGCUCAUGAGAAGGAAUAAAUUAUAUAAUUUACAGAAUGUCGCACCAAAAUAAGAGGGAAAAUUCUUGUAAAUAUAUGUGGCUAUCAAGAAUUAUUUAUAAUAGAGAUUUAAUUUAAUAAAACAUGUAACAUCUAA